GUGUUGCUAUCUACACUGGCAUGGAAACUAAGAUGGCAUUAAAUUACCAGGCAAAAUCACAGAAGCGAUCUGCUGUAGAAAAAUCAAUGAAUGUAUUCCUUAUUGUAUACCUCUGUAUUCUCAUCAGUAAAGCACUGAUAAAUACUGUCCUGAAGUAUGUCUGGCAGAGUGAACCAUUUCGUGAUGAGCCAUGGUAUAAUCAGAAAACAGAGCCAGAAAGGAAAAGAAAUUUGUUUCUUCGAGCUUUUACAGACUUCCUUGCAUUCAUGGUUCUUUUCAACUACAUUAUUCCUGUAUCCAUGUAUGUCACUGUGGAAAUGCAGAAAUUUCUUGGUUCUUAUUUCCUUACAUGGGAUGAGGAAAUGUUUGAUGAGGACACAGGUGAAGGACCACUAGUGAAUACUUCUGACCUCAAUGAAGAGUUGGGACAGGUAAAUUAUGUCUUCACAGAUAAAACAGGAACGUUAACUGAGAACAACAUGGAAUUCGUAGAAUGUUGCAUUGAAGGGCACGUUUAUAUACCACAUGUUAUCUGCAAUGGCCAAAUUCUCCAUGAUUGUACAGGCAUUGAUAUGAUCGAUUCUUCUCCAGGAGGAAGUGGAAAGGAGAGAGAGGAACUAUUUUUCCGAGCUCUUUGUCUUUGUCACACUGUUCAAGUGAAAGAUGAUGACAGUGUAGAUGGGUUGAAGAGAAAUCGUCUGUCAAGAAGAUCUUGUAUAUAUAUUUCGUCAUCACCUGAUGAAGUUGCUUUAGUUGAGGGAAUACAGAGACUUGGUUACACCUAUCUAAGGCUGAAAGACAAUUUUAUGGAGAUCUUAAAUCGGGAAAAUAACAUAGAGAAGUUUGAAUUAUUAGAGGUUUUGAGUUUUGAUUCUGUGAGACGGCGAAUGAGUGUAAUUGUUAAAUCUUCAACAGGUGAUAUAUUUCUGUUUUGUAAGGGAGCAGAUUCUUCCAUAUUUCCUAGAGUUAAAGAAGGCAAAAUUGACCAAAUACGAUCCAGAGUUGAACGCAAUGCGGUGGAGGGGUUGCGAACAUUGUGCGUUGCAUAUAAAAAGCUGUCAGCAGAAGAAUAUAGCAGUGCACAGAAGCUGCUUCAGAAUGCAAAGUUGGCCCUCCAGGACCGGGAAAAGAAAUUGGCAGAAGUGUAUGAGAAGAUAGAAAGAGAUUUUAUUUUACUUGGUGCUACAGCUGUUGAAGAUCGGUAUGAGGUUCUGCAAGUGGAACUGAACAAUGAUGAGGAUGAUUGUUCAUCUAGCUCGGAGGUGUCACCGAGGCUAAAUUUGCCUACACCCUGCGUCAAAACUGCUUCUGAUGGCAGCGAUGAAGUUGCAACAAGAAGUCCAAGGACAAUCAAGAGAGACUUCAGGGCCUUGGGAUGA